AAAUCCUUCCAAUUCAAACUAAACCCAAUUAAUCAAAUCAAAUGGGUACCCGAAAUUCACUCCUUCACUGUCCGUAAAGCUAAAAAAUCAUCAAAAUAGCCAUUGAUUCACUACCCUAAUCCUUAAUCCUUCUUCACAAGUGUAAAACCAGAACAAGAACAAGAACAAUCCACCACUUGGCUAAUCUACUGCUACUGCUUCUUCUUCUUCAACUAACCAAGGGUCAUUUCGUUUUUCGUUUGCAACUCUUGGGAUCUUUCAUUUCCCCUUCAAAAAUGAUGUAUCGCUUUAGGUUUCACACAGCAACCUCGUGAGACCACUUAUUGCGGGUCUCUAAGAGACUGCAUAAUUUCUUGGAUGAACUUGUUUAGAGGCAAAUUUCUUUGCGCCCUUGGAUCCAAAUCUUGUUCUCUCGAUGUCUGUUCAAGAGAAGUUUUCUUCGUUGCCAUCAUCAAGUCCUGCUCGAGAGGAUGAUCCAUUGCUGAAGGAUUUGAAUGAGAGGAAGCAGAGCUUCAGGCGAAAUGUUGUGUCGUUGGCGGCGGAGUUGAAGGAGGCUCGAAGCCGCCUUUCGUCUCAGGAAGAAUCGUUUGCUAAAGAGACUCAAACAAGGCAGGAAGCAGAGACUAAGGCUAAGACUAUGGAACAAGAAAUUGGGAGAUUGCAUGUGGAAUUGGAAGAGAGGGAUGAACAGCUGAAGGUUUCUGCAACUACUGCCACCAAGUAUCUCCAUGAGUUGGAUGGACUAAGAUUACAGCUUGCUGCCACCCAAGCAACUGCUGAUGCAAGUGCUGCAUCAGCUCAAUCUGCACAGAACCAGUGUUUAGUGCUUUUGAAGGAAUUAGACGAAAAGAACACUUGUAUAAAAGAGCAUGAAGAUCGAGUAAAAAGGUUAGGAGAACAACUUGACAAUCUACAGAAAGAUCUCCAGGCAAGGGAAUCUUCUCAGAAGCAACUGAAGGAUGAAGUGAUGAGAGUUGAGCAUGAUAUUAUGGAAGCUCUAGUCAAAUCUGGUGUGAGCAAGGAUUGUGAACUGAGGAAGAUAUUAGAUGAAGUUUCCCCCAGAAAUUUGGAGAAGAUCAAUAAGUUGUUGAUGGCCAAAGAUGAAGAGAUAGUGAAACUCAAAAAUGAAAUCAAGAUGAUGUCUGCUCACUGGAAGCUUAAAACUAAGGAGUUGGAAUCACAAGUAUGCAAACAUAUUCGGCUAUACUGUGUACAGUGUACUUCCUCGUAUCAUUUUUCACAUUCAUUUAUAUAUUUUGAAAUUUCUUAUCAACAGUUAGAGAAACAACGACGAGCCGACCAAGAGCUGAAAAAGAGGGUCUUGAAGCUGGAGUUCUGUCUGCAAGAAGCUCGCACUCAGACACGGAAACUUCAAAGAAUCGGAGAGCGACGGGAGAAAGCCAUAAAGGAAUUGAGAGAUCAGUUGGCGGGAAAACAAGGUGGUGCUGGUCCUGCUGCAGAUUCCGAAAAGCAGAACUUUUGGGAAACGUCAGGGUUCAAGGUUGUGGUUUCGAUGUCGAUGUUGAUAUUGGUAGUAUUUUCUAAGCGAUGAAGUAGAUCAUUAGAAUGUAUAGUAGUAUGGGUAGGAGUCUCAUUUUGGAGGACUUACAGUAUAGGGAGCAGCAUGUAGAGGAGAAUUUUGCCCUUGUUCUUCAUUUAGCUCUAGGAAAAGGAAGAAAGACCACUAGAAAAUCUUUAUGCUAAUAUGUUAAAAGAUUUACAGCGACAGUGGUAUUUUCCCAAAAUCACAGGAGAAGUGAUUCUGUAUCUAAAUGUAGAAAGCCUUUUGAUGAAUGGCGUUUGUUCAUUUUAA